CAGCAAGUUUCAGCACGAAAUUCGAAAGAAAAACAAAUAAAUUACCCUGUUCCUGUAAAAUGUAAUUGGAAAAUGAUAACUUAGAUGGUAAAAGAAAUACCUUAUAAAAUAUAUUUGAAAAACUGAAAAGAUUCCUGAAAAACUGAAAAGAUUCUUGUCAUGGCUGCAAGAGACCUAUCCAAAACCUUCGACGAAUUUGAAUCGGAGGACCUGAGUGGUUUUGAGACAUCAGUACCAACUGAUUUGACAUUGUCGCCUGAUAGAACUGAACAAUAUGAAGAGCGCAGAGAUAAGAAGUCCAAAAUUACUAAACAGCUCAUUGAGAAAAAACAACUUUCCCAUGACUUGCAGCUUGUUAGAAUUGAACUCUCCCAGAAAAAUCUACAACUUGAAAACAUGAAAGCUGAAUCAUUGCAGCGUGUUGAUGAACUGGAGGAAAAAUUGAAUGAUGAAAGACAUCAGAAACAGAUUUUACAAGCACGUCUUGAAUCACAGCUUACAAUUCAGCAGGAAGAGUCAAGAAGAAGGCAAGAACUUAUCAAAGCCGAGUUGGACGAGGUUCGACAAAAACAGAGGCAUCUUGAGGGAACAAAUGAAAGGUUGCAGGAGAGGGCUGGUAAUGUUAGACGUUCUCUUAGAGAUUUAGAUUUAACAGAAGAAAAGUUCUAUGAACUGCGAGCUACAAGUGAUGAUGAUUUAUCUCUCAGAGAUUAUGUUGCUGUGCGGCUGUUUGAGAGAACCAAGCCAUUGGAAACAGAGAUAGAGCAACUCCGACUGAAAGUCAAGACACUUGAGGAUACAGAUAGAAGCCAAGGCAAACAAGUUCUAGAGUUGCAAGAAAAACUUGAGGAGGAGAGGCAAGCUCAUGGUGAACUGAGGGUCAAGUUCCAGAAACUGACCUUGUCAUAUGCAGAUACCAAGAAUCAGGUCAAAGUUGAUGACUACAAGGUCGAGAAUUACGAGAGAGUUAAAAGUGAGAGAGACAAUUUUGAGAAGGACGGUCUUGAUGUACAUAGACAGUUGACAACAUUGGAAGCUACUCAUCAGAAUGUUGCUAGGGAACGAGAUGAACUCAGCAGAGAGUUGUCAGCAGCGCGGCAGUCCCUGUCGUUGUUGAAGCAGGAUAAGGAGUAUCUGACACGGCAGUCGGCGGAUGUGGCGAACAGAAAUCAGUUUGCGGAGGAGAAGAUACAGCAACUCAAUAUGCAGCUAGACGAUGCUAAACGUUCCAGGGAGGACAUGUACGAAAAAUAUGUCUCAUCAAGAGAACAAUACAAGUCAGAAUAUGAAAAUAAACUGCGAGAAGAACUGGAGCAGAUACGAGUACGCACAAAUGGAGAGAUCGAUCGGUUACGUACAAGUAGCAAGGAAAUGUACGAAAGGGAAAACAGGAAUUUGCGUGAGGCGAGGGAUAUGGCAAUAUCAGAAAAAGAACGAGCCCAGGCAGCAGAGAGGGAAACUAGUACAAAAUAUGAACAGAUGUUACAAGAACUACGUCAGCUACAGUUGAGUGGGGACAGUCGUGUAUCUGAUGUAGCCAAUGAACUUAAACUGAAGACAUUUGAGCUUGAGAGAACACAGCUGUUGCAGGAAGAAACUGUUAAAAAUCUCAAAGAAAGUCAACUUGAGGUGGAGAAAUUGUCUAAAAAGGCAGAGGUUUUAACCAAAGAAUACUACAGCCAGCAGACAGGGUUAGAGAAAAGAAUUGCGGAACUUGAGUCAGCCCUACAGGAGAAGGAAGGUAGACUGAAAACUUAUGAGAAACUGGAACAAGAACUUGAUGAUGUUGUAAUGCAGGCAGCUGAAGUUGAUAAUGAAGAAGAAGCAGAGAAAGUGUUGUUUUCAUAUGGAUAUGGUGCCAAUGUUCCAAGUACAGCUAAAAGACGUCUUCAGCAGAGUGUACAUUUAGCAAGAAGAGUAUUACAGUUAGAAAAGAUUAACACAAUGUGUAAACAAGAUGUAGAAAGAGAAAAGAAGAAAGUCUUUCAGUUAGCAGAGGAGGUUAAGAGUGCAAACACCUUAUUGGACCAAGCCCAGCAGCCAUAUAACUACCUGAUAGAGAGCAUGAGAACCAGAGAUACACAGAUCUCUAAACAGAGAGAAUACAUUGCCUCGCUAGAAGAAGAAACACAACGUCUGGAAAAAGAGAAAGUAGAACUUUCAAAAACAAAGAAUCAGAUGGCACUGGACCUUGAGCGACUUUUAAAUCAGCGAGAGGAGAUGUCCGUUAUGAAGCAGGUUGUUCUUAACUUGUCUACACGUCGUCAUGGUGAUAAGAAGACCAGCAUGCGGGAUCAUGCUAAGCCGAAGAGUGCAUCUGUCCAUAUACCACAUGGAUCAUUUGAGACAUAUGAUGAGCCAAAUGUGUCAAAACCUGGAUCUAUAUCAUUGACAAGAAGUUCACCGCCUAAAUGGUCAAAGAAAUUAAAGGAUAAGAACAUGUCCCAGUCUACAAAUUAUUCCAGAGUUUAUGCUACAGCUACAUCUUGAAGAACAUUUCUUACCGUAUACAGCAGUCAGAACAGACCUUUUGUGCUAGUUUUGUGAAUGGAAAAGCAUUAUGAAUGUGCAAAACUUAAUGAAAAUGUAUUAAAUUAACAGUCAGGUUCAACUUUUAAUAUAUUGAUGAGCAAAGAUUUUGUAACAGUGUAAUACAAGAGCUUAGUGUGAAAUUAUUAAAUGUCUGUUCUCAGUCAAAAUAACUUUCUUGGGGUAUCUAUGGUACUGUGAAGUCAUUUAAUUUGAUGGGUGUGAAAUUUUAUUGUUUUGGCCACAGCAUCUUUAGAUAUGAAGUAGUGGUUUGAUCUAACCAUGCAGAUUAGACCUUCAUGAAUAUUUAUGAUUUCAUGGCAUUUUGUUGAGGCAUAGUCUGAUACCAGUAUAACAAAUAUGAAAGAUGUAAACGGGAAAUAUAUGCAUUCAUCAGCUUAAAGGUUUUUUAGGAUCGCUGAAACCAAGAAACUCAUCAAAGUGUCCCCAACUAAUUAUAAGAUUUCAUAGGAUUUUUUAAAACUGUUUUUCGCACAAAUGGUUAGGAUUGGAUACAUGUAUGAUCUUUUAUUGCAGAAUUUAGCAAUUAAACAGACACGAGAUCUUUUAUUUUUGUUUAAAUUGUUAGAAUUCUGUUAAAUUCUCCUUGACAAAACACAGCUUUUUUUAAGUAGCUGAUUUACAAACAAAAUACUGAAUGGUAUGAAGUGAAUAUACCUAAUUGAUAAAACUGAUUUGAAAAAAGAAGUUAUAUAAUGGUAUAACAGAAUCAGGAGUGCAUUCUGCAUACCUUUGAGAGGUUUCUCUAAAUGUUAGAAGUGCCCAUCUUGUUAAACAGACUAUUCUAACACGAUCCAAUUCAGUUUCCUAUUAAACAAAGAAGGCUGAAAACUGAUUUAUUAUUCAACAAUUCACUGUUCUGACGUCACAAUUAUUACAUCAUGGCGUCAAAUAUUUAAUGAAUGCCGUCAAGGAUGUACUUAAAAGUCUUUGGUUAUGUGUUAGAAUCUAAAUGAUAUAGCUCAUUUAGUGAUUUGCUCUUGAAUAAAAUCAUUGUCAUUCAGAUGCUUAUUAUUAUAUCACUCGGGCUGCGCCCUCGUGAUAUAAUUCCUUCUGGUCUGAACUCCCAAUGAUUUAUUCAGCGACAGAUCACUAAAUGAGAUAUAUUAUUUCUUAAUUAAAGGAUAUUAAAAACAACCAUUUUCCUGCUUUUUAGCUCAUCUGAUUUUUUUGAAAAAAAAUUAUGAGUUAUUGUCAUCACUUGAUCGGUGUCGGCGACAGUGUUGCCUGGUUAAGUUUUAUGUUUACGUCAGCUUUUCUCCAAAACUAUCAAAGGUAUUGCUUUGAAACUUGCAACACUUGUUCACCAUCAAUAGCUGACCCUUUACAGCAAGAAAUAUAACCCCAUCCUGCUUUUUGCAAGAAUUAUGGCCCCUUUUGGACUUAGAAAAUAUCAGAUUUCUUGGUUAAGUUUUAUGUUUAGGUCAGCUUUUCUCCUAAACUAUUCAAGCUAUUGCUUUGAAACUUGCAACAGUUGUUCACCAUCAUAAGCUGACUCUGUACAUCAAGAAACAUAACUCCAUCCUGCUUUUUGCAAGAAUUAUGGCCCUUUUUGGACUUAGAAAAUCAGGGGUAGGACAAUUUUUCUAUUAUACAAAAAAAAGUCAGAUGAGUGUCAGCACCCGCAAGGCGGUGCUCUUGUUUCAGGUUAUUAUUGUAACCUUACAAUGGAAAGCCUUCAAAUUCCUACUGUAUUUGUUCCAUAUUUUCUCUCUCUUUUAUUUUGUCUGUGAUAUUUUGUUGUAAAAAUAUUGUGUUGAGCAUUUUUCAUUUAUUAAACUGCACGUUUGUUUUUAGUUUGCCAUUUACAGUUUAUCAAACUUUAGAUGAAACAGUUGAUAAAGCAGUUUGUUCACAGGGGACAAGAUACUGCUAACUAUUCUAUUUCCUUUUUUUGCACAGUCAUGUUUCACAUAUUUAAGAAUGUAUGUAUACUUUACAAGAAAACUUGGAAACAGUAUAUUUAGUAGAAUCAUUCAUGGCUCAAGCCAAAAUGGCCUUUUUUUUUGUUGUGACAUAAAUUUUUGGAUGAUAAAACUAGUGGGUCGUUUCCAUUUAUUAAGAUUUUAGUGAAAUGACAUAUACACUAAGUCUUUGAAAAUCAUUCUCCACAAAAAAUGGUUAUAUGCCACUCUGUUUAAUAUGUCCAUUUUACCAGAGUACAAACUUCUUAAGAAAAUCGUAUUUUUUUUAGGAUGGGUCACUUUUUAUUUUAAUACAACUCAUAACGUUAUUACUCAACUGCCGUUUUAAUCAUUUCAUGUGUAAGUAUAGUAAAUCUGGGAACAGUUUCGUAAACAAAGCAAACAUACUGGAUUAAUGGUUAUUUCUGUUUGUGCAUAGAAAUGAAUAUGAAUUAUUUAUUUACAUAUUUAAUAAAAGAUAAACA